AUGGCUGGGGUCGUGACCUGCUUGGAACCGCUGGAGGUGAGGCCCCAUGGGAUCUCGGAGAGCCUCACAUUUCUGCACGUGGAGGCUGCCGACGACGGGUGUGCCGACGAGCACCGUGCCGGCCCCCCGGGCAUGGACACCGACCUGAGGGCGCUGGAUAUGGCGAAGAUGUGCCUUCAGCAGGGGAUGCCGCAGUUGGCGAAGGUGUUCAUGGAUACGGUGCGAGAUGAGGCAGGUCAUGGAGGUCAGGUCAGGCGGAUGCCACCGCACAGCCAGCAGGCCAGCUUUGCCGCGCUCUCGGGAGCGAAUUCCGGCGGGCGAGGCGCCCUCCGGGUGCCGGUUCGCGGUGGGCCAGCGCGUGGCGUUCGCGGACCACGAGGCCGACGAGUGGAGGGAGGGCGUGGUGACUUGCGCGGACCCGCUGCUGAUUCGCCCCGGCGGUUACGAG